AUGCGUAGUUCGCAAAUUACAAGCUCAUCUGCCUCUGAAGCCUCGCCUUCAUACACGUUUAAUAACGUUUCCGAGAGGCAUCAACCACAACAACAGCAGUCACCAAUUUCAUCCUCAAAUAGCAAAACUUCGCGUAGAAAAAGUUCUUUGGCCUUGGAAAAAGCCGAGGGUGGUGGUGUCAACGUCUAUGUUCCAGACAGGGACGACGGCGAAAAAAUGCUUGUUAUUAAUAGUGCAAGCGUUAGGAAAAAAUUAUGGUUACGCGCUAUUACAUUGAUCUUCGUUUUUGCUGGUUUGAUAUGGUUUUUUACACCGGAAGAUAAUCGACGGAUACCGAAGUUUUCUGAAUACCAAGGUAUUGGAUUGACAAUAAAUAUUUUUCAAGAUGAUUCACCGCGCGACUUAAAAGAAUUAUCUGAAGAAGAUGGGGAUCUUUUGGCUAACACUAGAAACCCUGCAGUGGCUUCAAAUUCAGCAUCUGACUCUCCACUCACAUCCUCUUAUUGUACAGUACCACAUCCAGGCCGCCAACUAAUUCAGUAUGCAUUAAUGAUUGAUGCUGGUUCAACUGGCUCUCGAAUUCACAUCUACCGAUUUAACUAUUGUAAAGCAUCCCCGACACUCGAGAAUGAAGUUUUUGCGCAUACAGAACCUGGAUUAUCAGCAUAUAAUGAUCCGAUUCAAGCUGCGAAAAGUUUGGAUACCUUGUUGCAAGUGGCACUACAAAAUGUUCCGACACAAUUAUAUAACUGUACACCGGUAGCUGUGAAAGCCACUGCUGGAUUACGAUUAUUGGGAAAAGAGAAAAGUGAGACUAUUUUGAAAACUGUGAGAGAACGUUUGGAAAAUAACUAUCCGUUUCCGAUAAUUGAAAAGAAUGGGGUAGUUAUUAUGGAUGGAAAAGAUGAAGGUGUUUAUGCGUGGAUUACAGUCAAUUAUUUAUUAGAUAGAAUAGGCUCCGUUAAAAAACAACCAACGGCUGCUAUCUUUGAUCUUGGUGGAGGUUCAACUCAAAUAGUAUUUGAACCUGAUACAAUCGAUGGAUUUGAAGUUGCACCCGGUGAUCACAAAUACGAAUUAGAAUUCGGCGGACACACUUAUAUACUAUAUCAACACUCGUAUUUAGGAUACGGAUUAAUGGAAGCGCGAAAAGCAAUGAAAAACUUCAUGGCAAAAUUGUGGCAAAAUAUUGAUACACAUGAUAUCCCGGGUUUAUACUUUGACGACUUAACCCUAGAUAAUAUAACCGGUGACAACUACAUUCCACACCCAUGUUUCCCGAAGAAUUUCACCGAUCUUUGGAUCAACUCCACAUUUAUCGGAACAGGCGCAGGUCACGCACAAUGUCGCGCAAUCACCGAAAAAGUACUAAACAAAGAGAAAGAAUGCCCUUUAGCUCCAUGCGCGUUCGACGGCAUCUAUCAACCACCUAUCCGAGAAACAUUUUCAUUCCACGACAUCUACGCCUUUUCGUACUUUUACGACCGCGCAAGUCCGCUUGGUAUGCCGUCAGAGUUCUCGUUACGCGAAUUGGGCGAGUUGGCGGAAGAAGUGUGUUCUGGGAACCUGGAAAAAUUCGCGCAUUUGCCUCAGGCGAUUAAGGAACUUAAAAAGAAUCCACAUUAUUGUAUGGAUUUGACGUUUAUUUAUGGAUUGCUGCAUAUUGGGUAUGAGAUUCCGUUAGAACGCGAGGUUAAGAUUGCGAAAAAGAUUAAGGGAAUUGAGACUGGGUGGUGCCUUGGGGCUACUAUUGCUGUGUUGGAUGCGAAGUUGUGGUGUAGAAUAUAA